GGCGAAUGCAGAACACCCGGAGCAAAUGGGGACGAAGGGGCUGGAAGCAAGGGAGGAACCGGAGCGCGGCGCACGUGCGCCCUCACUGCAGGGGCAGCCGGUCUUGCUGGCCAACGUGGCCUCGGGGCUGCUGCGCCGAUCCUCAAGCCAGACCUUGGCGCAAGCGAUUUUCGAGGACUCGAAGUACACUUACCGCGACCACUUCGCGGCCAGCGAGAGCGACC